AUGGCAUACAACUAUUGGCCCUGGCUCUGGCCCUCUGGCUACGACUUUGAUCCUCCAGUCCCUCAUAUGCACCGCUUUCGUGAUCCAUGGACAGCCAGGGGUGUGCGGGCACCACGAUGGGCCUUCCCCAGCUACUCUGAUGGGCCAUGCUGUGAAUUCUGCAGUACAUUAGGCAACAUUCCUGGCCUAGAUGCGAGUCUUGCUGAUCUAGGACAAUUCCCUCCAAUCUUCCACCCCGUCAUCCAGGCUCUCAACAACAUACACUACCAUUACAAACUGAGUUUGGAUAGCGACGGUGAAGAACCUUUCUUUCUGGCUCGGGAAAUGGAAAGCCUAUCGCGAUAUCUCCGCAAACUCUACCAAGCGUAUCCGCACAUGAUUGAGCUCGCCUUGUGGGCGGACCAACUAAAAUACAUGGGAAGAGACAUGCAGAUUGGUCCGAGACGCCUUCGAUACAGCCCAGUAACAAAGCACAGACACAAUCGUAGGCUUUUGUUGCCACAAAUUGCCUGGUAG